CAGCACACGACCGGGUGGCGCUUCAGCCGACUAGCAGAGACCCAAGAGGAGUUUGAAGAUGCCGUGGGAGUCGAGCGACUGCCCUGAAGAAACAGGGCUACAGGCCGCGCGCUUCCUGCAGCGGAUCCUCCCGGCCCACGCCCAUGCAGCACAGGAGCAGCCUGGAAUUGCGCGCAUGCGCGGUGGAGGCGUUUGUGUCAAACAUGGCUGUGCUUUGGAAGAAAGGAAAAUGCUGAAGUGUGGAGGGAGAAAUACUGAACAGAGGAAAGCAUGGCGAGGCUGGCUGAUUACUUCAUUGUCGUCGGAUACGACCAGGAGAAGACAGGUUCAGGAGAAGCAUGUGGAAAAAUCAUCCAGCGAUUCCCGAAAAAGGACUGGGAUGGCACACCGUUCCCUCCGGGUGUGGAGAUGUUCUGUCAGCCGGGAGGAUGGAGACUGUCUCGCGAGAGGAAGCCGCCAACCUUCUUUACAGUGGUGCUGACGGAUAUGGAGUCAGACAGACACUACUGCUCCUGCCUGACCUUCUACGAGGCUGAAGUCAACCUGCAGGGCACUAAGACGUUGGAGGGUGACCGUGAUGAAGAGGAGGAGGAAGAUGGUCUAAUCCAGCCUGCACAAGUGUUCGCACCCAAAAGUCUAAUCCUGGUCUCCAGGCUGGAUUUCCCAGAAAUAUUUAGGGGCUGUUUGGGGCUGAUCUACACAGUUUACAUCGACACUCUGAACUUCCCUCUGGAGGGUCUGGUGGCCAGCCUCCUCACAUGCAUGGUGCCCGUUGCAGGAGGAUCCCAGAAACUCUUUUCUCUGGGAGCUGGAGACCGGCAGCUGAUCCAGACUCCUCUAAACGACAACCUGCCUGUUACCACUAAAAGUGUGGCCCUCCUCUUCCAGCAGCUAGGGAUCCAGAAUGUUCUGAGUCUGUUCUGUGCCGUUCUGACCGAACACAAGGUUUUGUUCCACUCCACGAGCUACCAGAGGCUAGAGGAGGCCUGCCGGGCUUUAGAGGCCCUCAUGUUUCCUCUCAAAUACAGCUACCCUUACAUUCCUAUCCUCCCGUCCCGUCUGCUGGAGAUGCUGAACUCACCCACUCCCUUCAUCAUGGGGGUGCACUCCAUGUUCCAGAGCGAGAUUCAUGAGCUGCUCGACGUGAUCAUCGCUGACCUGGACGGAGGAACGAUAAAAAUUCCAGAGUGUAUCCACCUGUCUCAGCUACCCGAGCCUCUGCUACAGAACACUCAGAAUGCUCUGUCUGUAGUUUUGCACCCAGAUCUGGAGAUAGCAGAUAACGCCUUCCCUCCUCCGCGCUCGGCUCCGUCCAACCUCAAACUGCUGGAUAAGGAGGUGAGAGCGGUCUUCCUGCGCUUGUUUGCACAACUGUUCCAGGGCUACAGGUCCUGUCUGCAGCUCAUUCGCAUCCAUUCUGAACCCGUGAUUCACUUUCACAAGGCUGCCUUCCUGGGCCAGCGAGGCCUGAUCGAGAACGACUUUUUGCCCAAGGUGCUGGACGGCAUGGCCUUUGCCGGCUUUGUGUCAGAGAGAGGGCCUCCAUAUCGAGCCUGUGAUCUUUUUGACGAGCUGGUGGCCUUUGAUGUGGAGUGUUUUAAAGAGGAAGAGGAGAACCCAGCUAAGUUACAGAAGCACACGAGAGAUCUCUCAGAGCAGCUCUAUCGAAAUGAGAACCCCAACCCUCAUAUGGCCUUCCAAAAAGUGCCUCGGCCGAGCGAGGGCUCUCACCUGCGGGUGCACGUGGUGCCCUUCCCCCUGCUGGACGAGGACAGGGUGGAGGAACUCAUGCAAGAAAGCCUGGCUAAGCAGAAUCACACAACCAUGACUGUUCGACCAGAAAAGAAGUGUGUGGUGCCCGCGGGGCCUCCUGUGGUGUCCAUCACAGGGAAGGCCAGCUGCGUGUUUAACAGUGCUCGGCGCCUGGAGGUGGUGCGGAACUGCAUUGGCUUCAUCUUCGAAAAUAAGACACUAGAGACCGAGAAGGCUCUCCCCGCAGCCCUCAGGGCACUGAAAGGCAGGGCGGCGCGACAGUGUCUUACAGAAGAGCUCAGCCUCCAUGUGCAGCAGAACCGGGCCAUCCUGGACCAUCAGCAGUUUGACCACAUAGUACGCAUGAUGAACUGCGCUCUCCAGGACUGCUCGAACUCUGAAGAGUACACGGUGGCUACAGCUCUGCUUCCCCUGACCACGGCUUUCUAUCGGAAACUGGGUCCCGGGGUAAACCAGUAUGCCUACACCUGCGUACAGGAACAUCCCAUCUGGACCAAUCAGCAGUUCUGGGAGGCCACCUUCUACUCUGAAGUGCAGAAUCAGAUCCGAGCUCUGUACCUCAAUUCCCCAGCAGACAAACCGCUCAUCACUGCCAGACUGAAGGAGCCGGGUCCCUUGCCCCCAGCGGCCCCCAGCGAGUCGGAGCGGACCGCCAUGGACUUGGCUGCUGAGCAGCUGCGGGCGUGGCCCAGCCUGGAUAAGGAGAAGCAGGCGGAGCUGGUGAAGAGCGAGGAGAGCACGGUGUUCAGCCAGGCCAUCCACUACGCCAGCCUCAUGGUCUACCUGCUGGUGCCCCUGGAUGCCAGUAAGAACAAGCUACUUCGCACCACGCCCGCUACAGACUGGGAGAGCUGCAGCAACAGCAUCGUCACCAACAGUAUUGCAGGCAGCGUAGCAGAAAGCUUCGAUACAGAGAGUGGGUUUGAAGACUCUGAGAACAGUGACGUCGCCAACUCUGUGGUGAGGUUCAUCGCCCGGUUCAUUGACAAGGUCUGCACUGAGAGCGGCGUCACCCAGGACCACAUCAAGAAUCUGCACAGCAUGAUUCCAGGUAUUGUGUCCAUACAGAUGGAGACUCUGGAGGCAGUCCACAGGGAAAGUAGACGACUUCCACCGAUUCAAAAGCCAAAGAUCCUCCGACCCGCCCUGCUCCCCGGAGAGGAGCUUGUGACUGAGGGCCUGCGGGUGGUCCUGGAUCCCGAUGGCCGAGAGGAGGCCACAGGAGGCCUGCUAGGAGGACCACACAUCCUGCCGGCAGAGGGGGCGCUCUUCCUCACAACUUACCGCAUCAUAUUUAAAGGAACUCCUCAUGAUCCCUUAGUUGGUGAGCAGCCAGUGAUCAGAAGUUUCCCAGUGGCCACGCUGACUAAAGACAAGAAGAUCACCAUUCAGAACCAGCUUCAGCAGAACAUGCAGGAGGGGCUGCAGCUUAGGUCCGCCUCCUUCCAGCUGAUUAAGGUGGCGUUUGAUGAGGAGGUGACCUCAGAGAUGGUGGAGAUCUUCAGAAAGCACCUGCAGAGGAUCCGAUACCCUCAGUCUGUCUUCAGCGCCUUCGCCUUCGCUGCGGGACAGACAGCUCCUCAGCUCCUGCUGCCCAAACAGAAGGAGAAGAACACUGGCUUCCGCACGUUAUCCAAGACCAUCGUAAAAGGAGCAAAAAGAGCCGGUAAAAUCACCAUGGGCCGACAGUCCACGCUGCAGAAGAAAACUGAGAAAGGCAAUCGCAUGACCUGGUACGAGGACGACGACAUCUCGAUCUCAGAUGAAGGCGAGCCUCCAGCUAGUAGCACUCUAAAAGCCACAGAGAAGUCCACCAUGGAGCAGCUGGUGGAGCGCGCCUUUUUCCGGGACUAUCAGAGGCUGGGCCUGGGCACCAUCACCGCCAGCUCCUCACGCUCCAAAAGUGGAGAGCAGUUCCGCGUGACUGCAGUCAACAGACUCUACUCUCUCUGCCGCAGUUAUCCUGGGCUCCUGGUGGUGCCUCAGUCAGUGCAGGACAGCAGUCUGCAGAAGGUGGCUCGGUGUUACAGACACAACCGUUUUCCUAUUGUUUGUUGGAAACAUCCUCGUACCAAAGCUGUGAUGCUCCGAGCCGGGGGCUUCCACGGGAAGAGUGUGGUGGGACUGUUCAAGUCGCAGAACCCAGCUUCUACAGCUCCGGCCACUUCAUCAGAGUCGUCCAGUAGUCUGGAGCAGGAGAAGUAUCUGCAGGCCAUCCUCAGCUCCAUCCCCAUUUACUUCAAAGCUAACGGCAGCAACACGCUGUCCAACCGCUCGCUCGUCAGCCUUUCCCCAGCGAACGAUCGAAGGUCAUCGAGAAUACCAAAGAUGACCAACUUCGAUGUCAACUUCGAUAUUUCAUUCUCCAACAGCUUCACCAGAGGAGUGCUUGGGUACAGGGACAAACUAUUCACUCACACAAACCCAAAACCUCCAGCUAAGGGGAGACUCCACAAUCAAGGUGUUUGGGCGAGCCUGCGCUCCAGCAGCAGGUUUAUCCCCCACCCCUCCACAACUGAGGUGGGGGCACGGUUGGCAGCCAAGGAUCUGGCGCCCCCUACAGGAAGUGAAAGCCUGCACGCACAGCUUCUCAGACAGCAAGCAGCUCUUUACAUCUUUGGAGAGAAGUCCCACCUCAGGGGCUUUAAGCUGGACUCCAUGCUGAACUGUGAGCUGGUGCCGGUGGAGUUUGCGGAUACACGUCAGGCGAAGGCCUCGUUUAAGAAGUUGCUCCGGGCGUGUGUUCCCAGCGCCAUGCCGACCGACACUGAAGACACCUUCCUCAAAGCUCUGGAGGAGAGCGAGUGGAUUCUGCAGAUUCACAAGCUGCUGCAGCUGGCUCUGAUCCAAGUGGAGUUGUUGGACAGCGGCUCUUCAGUGCUGCUGAGUCUAGAGGAUGGCUGGGACAUCACCACACAGGUGGUAUCUUUGGUGCAGCUGCUGAGUGACCCCUUCUACCGGACGCUGGAGGGCUUCCAGGUUCUUGUGAAGAAGGAAUGGUUGUCCUUUGGCCACAAGUUCAGUCAGCGCAGUAACCUGACCCCUAGCAGUCAGGGCAGUGGCUUCACGCCAGUCUUCCUGCAGUUCCUCGACUGCGUGCACCAGGUCCACAACCAGUACCCCCUGGAGUUUGAGUUUAAUCAGCACUAUCUGAAGUUCCUGGCAUACCACUACAUCUCCAAUCGCUUCAAGAACUUCCUCUUGGACUCCGACUACGAGCGCCUGGAGCACGGCACAUUGUUUGAGGAUAAAGGAGACAAACAGGCGAAGAGGGGGAUCUGUAUCUGGGAGUGCAUUAACAGAAUGCACCGCAAGAGUCCAAUCUUCUUCAACUACCUGUACAGCCCCUGUGAGGCAGAGCCUGUUUUGAGACCAUCCAUCUCUGUCCCCAACCUGACCAAAUGGGAGUUCUUCACGGCCGAGACUCUGUCCACCGGACCCUCGUACGACUGGAGGAUGCUCUCUGUUUCCUCUCACGUCCAAGAAGAGCCGGACACCAUCGCCACCAGCAAGAGACGAAUCGUCUGGCCCUGCUACAGCAGCGUCGCCCGCGCUCAGCCUGACGCCAUCACCAAACUGCUGGCAGACAUCGAGAGGCUGGAGGAGGAGCUGGGUCAGCAACCUGAGCGAUGGCACACUACUCUGGAGAAGGUGCGAGCCAGUGUGCAGGAAGACCUGAAACAGGAAGGAAAUCUUCGGAAGCAGUCCGUGUCCAUCUCGGGUCUGAUCCCCACCUCCAGCCUGCAGGCCUACCAGUGCCACUCCAUGCUGCACCUGCCCGACAGCGGCCUGAGUGAAGACAGCAGCCCCACGGCUGCCAAUGGUGUCAGCCGCAGAGCUGCCACUCUAUACAAUCAGUUCACUCCCAAGAAUGAAGAGAACAGGUCAUUCGAAGGCGUUCUGUACAAGAGAGGUGCAUUACUGAAGGCCUGGAAGCGCAGAUGGUUUGUUCUGGACAUAACGAAGCAUCAGCUGAGGUAUUACGAUACAGAUGAAGACAUCAGCUCCAGGGGCCACAUCGACCUGGCUGAGGUAGAAUCUGUUGUGAUCGCCACACCAACCAUAGGAGCGCCCAAAAAUAUCAGCGAGAAGGCCUUCUUUGAUCUGAAGACCACCAAGCGAGUGUACAACUUCUGUGCAGAGAACGCUCAGAACGCCCAGCAGUGGAUGGAUAAGAUCCAGAGCUGCAUUUCUGACGCCUGAGGACCACUUUUACAUGAGAUGACCCGCAGACUGUCCCGCGGUUCUCUCAGCUCGCAUCAUCACUGCCGUCUUCUUCCUUGCAGGGAGACUCACUGUGCAUUAGUAGGACCAUAGCAAAGCCCCAGUGCCUGUUGAAGAGGAGUGUUCUCUCGCUUCUCUGCUAUUUAAGAGUGUGCGCUCAGGCAGCAGAGUCACUGCCACGGUAGUCGUUCUCAGUGGAACUGAGCUCGUUCAUGUUAGACGAGGUCCGUUUUACCCAUCUGCCAGUUUCCUCCUGACUGCUUCUCCUAACUUUGGCUUCAGGAGAGCUCGUCUGAUUUCUGCAUUCAGUGGAGACAAAAAGCAAUAGCAUUAGCUGUUAGAAACUCGGGGUUCAAAAUAAGAUUAAGUACAAGUAGAAUUAAUAAGAGUAUAUUUCUGAUAAUAAAGAAGAUAUUGCUGCUUAUAAGAUGCAAAAGAACCGCCAAAAAACUAGAACUGCUGAUAUUUUUAAAAAUGAUGCACAACACAUAAGGCAGUUUAUUUGCACUUAAUUCUACAUUAUGCACUCCGUAAAUAUAUAGAUUUUCUAACAGAUAGAAACAACAAGGCAUUACUUUAUAACUGUGGGCGAAAGAAUAAACCGAUGACUGGAUAAGCAUGGACAUCUUGCUCCCAUUUUCUUCUGUUUUACAGAAAUAAAGACUUUUCCCCCAGAAGUCAUGGAGUUUAAAGCACAUCCUAAAGGACCAGAAUGAAAGCACAUGGCCAGUCUGUUCAGUAAGUGUAACAUUAAUGUGUCCAGAGUAAAACGGUAUUUGGACCAAUAAAUUAGGCGAGAGUGCUGGCCGAGACCAAUAUGUACAAACAUGAAGCUACCUCAGCCCAGCACAAUAAAAUACACUAACGUUAGCUGGCUGUUACAUUGAAUUAGACAUUCUAUGUCAACGUCUGACUUACAAAAAAAAAAAAAAAACUAACUUGCAACUAGGGCUGGGCUGUUUUAUUUUUAGAAAGACAGCAGCAUUUAAAUUGAUGCCCAAGCUAUUAUCUUAAUAUUUCCCAGCAGACCUCUUCAACUAUACAGCAGCUUGUGCAAAUAUGAAGUCUUUGUAUUUCAGUUAAGGAAAAGUAUAAAAUAUAAAAAUCUCUAUCUGUUAAAGAUGUGUAGUCUCAAUUAUACUAUUUUGAAAAUUGCAUUAAAACAGUAAUUCGAUUAUUUAAUUUAAUUAAUCAACCUCCCAGCCCUACUUGCAACCAACAGCACAAUAUACACUACAUGAUCAUUAAUAGUAUGAUUAACUAGAUAGUUGCCAGACAGCUCAACUUCAGUCCAACUACCCCAUUUACUCUACGCUAACUGUGUGCUCAAGCCAAGACUAACAAUCACUUAAUUUAUUUCUGUUCAUUAUUCCUAAGUUUUGUUCUGCCUUUUUAUUACAAUAUUGCAAAAUAAGAUUUUAAAAACUAAUUUCUGGGGGAAAUUAAUAAAGUUUUAAUAUUAGCACAGGUGUAAUUGAGGCACUGGAGAUGGAAAGACAAAGAUUUAAACAUAUGGGAGCGAGACCUGCCAUUUCUUCACUUUUCAGAAAUGUUGCACUGUCCAUGCUUAUUAUAUACAGUCAUUUGGUCUAUAUAAGCAUAUAUACUCUACAACAGAAGAACUUUGCACACUAAAGCAUAAAUGUUUCCUGACCUUUCUAUUUAAGUCAGUCAUUGUUGUUUGCGUUAUUUCUUUUUAUACAUGAAUGUGUCUGCUCAUAACAGGUUGGUUUUUGUGAUGUAAAUUAUUUUUUUAUCCAUUAAAAAAAAGGAGAGUAACUAGUGUAUGUUCAUGAUAAAUGGAUGGUUUUUACAUUCUCUGUAAAUAGCUGUGACAUUUCAGCUCUGUUUUUAUAUCGUUUUAUCUGCUGUGGAGUAAGCUUUUCUAACGUAUUAAUUCUAAACUGAAACCAACACAAAGUUUUACACAUGAUAUCGUCUUACAUACUGACCAGGUAAAGCGCUUCCUCUCUCUGUCAGCUUGUCUGUGAGCCUGCGUGUUCGAUGUGAAGGGAAGUACACUAGAGUUCUCCGUUCUCGUCGCCAAGUUUCUCGGGGUGUACUGAAAGGCUCUCGUCUGGAUCUGUGGGCGACACUACAUGGUUUGUUGGGUUGUUUUUUCCCCCUCCGAUUUUGUUUAAUUCUCUGUAUCUGUGUAUAUGUACAGUUUAAAGGAAGAUAGCUAAACAAAACACAACCUGCUAGAGAGAUGUCUGUUACUGUAACUGAAAAAUGACUUUACUGUAUCCAUUUAUCAAGUUUUGUGAUGCCACUAAUGUUUGUUUUUUAUUAUUAUAAUUAUUUGAAAUAAAUACUUGAACGUA